AUGAGCCAAUCGUCCAUAACCAACGUGCCAGAGGAAACUAUCAACUCCAUGGGUGCCAAAGAAGAGGGAGUCGACAAUUUGGAGGGUUUUGAGUAUGUAGUCGUCGGCUCAGGCGCGGGCGGGGGCCCAUUGGCCGCCAAUCUGGCCCGUAAAGGCCAUAAGGUUCUCCUCCUGGAGGCCGGAGAUGAUCAGGGCUCCAAUCUCAACCAGCAGGUUCCCGCCUUCCAUUUCAGAUCCACCGAGGACGAGAAAAUGCGCUGGGAUUACUUCGUCAAACAUUACGCAGAUGAGACUCGCGCGCGAAAGGACUCGAAAAUGACCUGGCAGACACCCACGGGGACCCUGUAUGUCGGAUUGAAUCCACCCAAUGGAUCAAAACCUAAAGGGAUCCUCUAUCCACGUGCCGGAACACUGGGUGGCUGUACUGCACAUAAUGCUAUGAUCACCGUCUAUCCGCACGAAAAUGAUUGGGCUAACGUCGCCCAACUCACCGGCGAUUCUUCGUGGGAGCCGAAGAAUAUGCGCCAAUACUUUAAGCGCCUGGAGCGCUGCGAGUAUCUUCCAACCGAUGCCCCCGGUCAUGGCUUUGCUGGCUGGCUCGGUACCAACCCUGCUGAUCUCAAACUGGCACUAAAGGACUUCAAGAUCCUCUCUAUUGUCGGUGCAGCGGCUACAGCCAUGGGCAAUCGUAUCCUAAGCGUGAUCCAUGAGAAGGCUUCCCAGCUGCUCGGACUCCUCCUACGAGAUAUUAAUUCCGCUGAUGCUUGCCGGGAUAUGACUGAGGGCAUCUACCAGCUCCCCAUGGCCGUGAGUCGCGCAAAGCGAAGUGGCACUCGUGACUUCGUUGUGGAUACAGCCAAGGAGUAUCCGCUGGAAAUUAGGACAUGCUGUCUUGCUACCCGUGUACUUUUUGAAGAGGGUGGUGGUAUCAAUGCCCCUCCGAAGGCGAUUGGGGUCGAGUUCCUCGAAGGGAGCAGUUUAUAUAAGGCCGAUCCCCGGUCCAGUUCAUCCGCCACAGGCACCAAACGCUGCGUUCUCGUCUCUCGAGAGGUCAUACUCGCAGCGGGAGCUUUCGGCACACCGCAGCUCCUCAAGUUGAGCGGCGUCGGCCCUAAAGACGAGUUGCAAAAGUUUGGGAUUCGAGUUAUAAGAGAUCUACCGGGCGUUGGAACCAAUCUCCAGGACCGCUACGAGGUUCCUAUCGUUACUAAGACACAAGAUGACUUCCCCGUCCUAGCCAAUUGCACGUUUGGGAAGCCGGGAGACCCAUGCCUGGAAGACUGGUACCGGCAGCGUGGGCCCUAUCUAUCGAAUGGACUCAACAUUGGGAUCGUGAAGAAAUCCAGUCAAUGCGAGAUUGACCCUGAUCUCUUCAUCUUCGGUGGUCCAGCAUUCUUCCGGGGUUACUAUCCUGGAUACUCAGAACUCACCACCAUAGACAAGAAACACUUCACCUGGUUGGUCCUCAAGGCUCACACGCAUAACCAGAACGGAACGGUCAUACUCAACUCAGCCGAUCCGCGAGACGUGCCUGAUAUCGAUUUAAAUUACUUUACCACGACCCCGGACGAGGCUCAGGCAUCAGACCGUGAUCUUGGUGCCGUUACCGAAGGACUCGAAUUUGCGCGCCGCAUUAUGGACGACGUCCCACCAAUCUUCACGGGGUCCCUAGAAGAGGCAACUCCUGGUCGUCAGGUGGCCUCUUCUGAUCAAGUUAAAGAAUUCAUCAAAAAUGAAGCCUGGGGUCAUCACGCGUCCUGCACCUGCCCGAUAGGGGGGAUGGAGACCCCAAGGCCGUUCUAG